AUGGGCUCCCACUUAUCAACCUGCGCCCCAAAAGGGGGCGAAUCUUACCACUGCGACUACUCCAUUGUCGGCUUUCGUGACAAUACGAGUACAAUAGCGGACGGCAUACCGGGCUUUACAAGUGUCGCGCUCCAGAAUGAGUUGCAGUAUCUAGAACCCAAUUCGGAUGUAGCAGGUGUUGGUACCUUAGUCGGCUUCGUCAUCUCCUUCGCCGCCUCGACAUUACUGUCGUUAUUCAUCCACUCCCUCGAAUGCCACGAGAUCUUCGGCCAAGGUCACAAAGGCGACCAUGAGAAGCACUCGGCCAAGCAAUGGUGGCACAUCGCCGACACCAUCCUGAUCUCGUGGUCGGACCAGCAGCUCGUCCUGGGCAUGGCCACCUCCAUCGCCGCCCUCAAGACCUGGUGCUCCUUCUCGACCUACCACCUCAACCUUAUCGGCCAGUGGCUCGUCCUCUGCUCCGUCACCCACGCCAACGCCCUGCUCGUCCACUGCAAGUACUUUCAUCGCAAGCGCCUGCUCGCCGACGGCCUGCGCGUCCUUACCAUCUUGACCAACCUCAUCCUGUCCGGCAUGGUGUUUUUUGUUAGUCGAUCCGUCGGAGGCAAGGGGAUGCCCUCGGUCGCGGACCAUACGCCCUUGCAGAUCUUGCCGGCGCAGUGUUUCUUCAAGCACGCGAUCCUGGCUGAGGGGUUGAAGUUGGUGGAUGGGUAUAACCAGUAUUCUCAUCCAAACGGACAGGCGCUGUUCUUGAUGAGUUUGCUUAUUUUGAUUGCGGCGGGUUUAUCGAUGGCGGCGCAUCGAUGGCGCGGGAAGGGAGCGAGGAAGAGUCGGUGGUCGUGGGGCUUGAGGACUGUUAUGCUGUUGGCAAAUAUUGGCGUUGGCUUUGCGUCGCUGGUGUCGUCGGUCGGGUUGAGAGCUUGGAUGCAUGUAGAAGGGUGGAUGGAGGAUGAUUCAGAGUUGGAGUGGUCGUAUGGGCAGUUUAUUCCUGCGUUGUUGGGUCUGCUUGUUUUUGUGUCGGUGUUGGAGAAUGUGUUUGAUGAGCUUCCAGACAGGAAGAGUAUGGACCAGCAGAGCUUGCUACAGCUGGGUCGCGAUGGGCAGUUCGAGAUGGACAUGCGACGAUUAUCGGCCCAAUCGAAGAUCGAUUUCAAGUCUUCACAAAUCCCCCAAACAACGGUCUCGCCGCUCGAUCCACGACCGUUCGACCCAUCCGAAGGGCGAAAAUGGUGA